AUGACACAGAACGACAACUUUGACGUACCAGGUACUCUCAGGAUCUUUCAUGAUUCAGGCGAGUCCGCACCUAAUCACGGCGAGAUCACUCUCAUCCCAACGCCUUCGGAUGAUCCGCAGGAUCCUCUCAACUGGAGUCGAGGGCGAAAGCUGAUACAGAUAGCCUGCUUGCUUUGGUAUACGUUUGCCAGCGCAUUCUCCGUGGCUUCGUUGUCCGCAAUCUAUGUCCCCUUGACCGAAGCGACCGGUCUUACCUUGGAUCAACUCAAUGCGGGCUCUGGAUAUUCGUACUUUCUCAUCGGACUUUCCACCUUGAUCUUCCAGCCCGCUGCUCUGGCGUAUGGCAAGCGACCGGUGUAUAUACUGAGCAAUGUCGCGGCUUGUGGUCUACAAGUGUGGACGGCGUAUGUCAGCGGGAACAGCCAAUGGAUAGCCCGCUGCCUGCUGCUUGGCUUCAUGGGCGGACCAUCGUUCUCGUUGGUCGAGGUCUCGAUCGCAGACAUCUCAUUCUUGCAUGAGCGAGCUACGCCUAUGGGUCUAUACGUCUGCGUUCUGUAUCUCGGUGCUUUACUGGGACCUAUGGUAUGCGGCUACGUGUACACCGGUCUUGGCUGGAAAGCGAUCAUUUGGCUCACAUCCGCGCUCUAUGGAGCCAACGCUAUUAUUCUCUUGAUAUUCCUUGAGGAGACCAACUUCAAAUGUGCCGUCCCGUAUCUCUCUUCAGAAGCGACGCUUAACCUGCCAGUUAAAGGCGGCGACGAUUGCUUGCCAUUAUCGGAAGGAGGCGUGAAGGACGAUGACCUUCAAGAUAAGGUGUCACCCGACACACAGGCACAUGCGGCCAUUCCUGUUGCUUCACCCAGACCCAUCUCUUCCUGGCCAGGUCCCAACCUUCGACAAUUCGGCAAGCUUUCUCCUUAUUCCAAGGGGAUCAUGUGGCGAGGCCUGGUACAGCCUUUGGCUCUCACGGUGUCCCCCAUCGUCUUCUGCUGCGGGAUCAUCUACGGGAUCUACCAGGUAUACUUCAAUAUGAUCGCCUACUUGUCGUCUGGCGUCCUGUCCUAUCCCCCUUAUAACUUCAGCGCGGACAGCGUUGGUUUGACCUACCUAUCUCCGGCCAUCACUACUCUGCCCGGAGCUUUCUUCGGCGGCUACGUUGCCGAUUGGUACACGCUCAGAAUGGCGAGAGCGAACAACGGCAUUUGCGAGCCCGAACACAAGCUUCGCCUCUUCGCCAUACCCACAAUAUUGGUACCCAUUGGUUUGUUGAUGAUGGGACUCGGACCCUACUACGGAGCGCAUUGGAUCGUAUAUGUGUUAGGCGAGGGCGUGCUGAACGCAGCGGGACCGUUGGCGACGACUCUCAUCCUCGCCUACGCGUUUGACUGCUUCCAUCCCAUCUACCCAGACGAUUUGACAGGAGUACACGCAAGUGUCCAGGACGCCGCACCGUAUCUGACCGCGACCAUCUCCAUCGCCAUGUGCUUGACGUUCGGUUUCGGCUACGCGAUCACACCUUGGGCUUUCACGUGGGGCCUGAAGAACUUUGCGAUCUCAGCUGCACUGUCCAGCUUGGCCUUCAACUGCUUGGUCCUGCUUCUUUACAUCUUUGGAAAAAGGCUGAGACGGUCAGGACACCAUUACUAUCGCAAGGUCAUCAAUUGGUGA